CUCACAUCGAAAACAUACAAUAUAAUCCAGAUCGACCUAUUUCUCUUGUUACUAUUUGAGACCUCCUUACGCUAAUUCUUUUAUUGUCGAUAAAGAGACGGUCCCGAGAUUGUCCUCGCGUUUUAGUUGAUUUUAAAUUUACCUUUUGAUCGCUCAGCUAUCUUGAGAGUUUGAAUCGUCCGAGUCGAAAUUUUAUGCACACCCAGCCAGGAUGUCUCAUCCAUCCCCUAACCCUCUAGCUAAUCCCAUAGGAUCUGCUCAAUCCUUCUCUUUUGGGUACAUUACUUCUCUCAGCUCUCCCUCUGUCAUCUCCCAAGCACGUUCUCAGAUAGACAAAGAACUGAUUGCUCUUGACGAGUCCAUGCGCGUCCUCCGCACCCGUCGCAAUUCGCUUGCUCCUAUUUCUCGCCUACCUCCAGAGCUCCUUUCAACCAUAUUCACGCAUUGCGCUCAUUCGCCACACCUGCACGAGCAUGCAACUUUCAGCAUUCGCUUUAUCAAAGUUGGACACGUCUGCCGCCACUGGCGCGCCGUCGCACUUGGCUGUCCGAGUCUUUGGAGCAACCUCGUGUUCUCAUAUCCACGGUGGACAGAUGAAAUGCUUAUUCGCUCCAAAAUGGCUCCCCUUGUAGUCAAAGUCGACUUAACAUACAUGACACCAAAGGUCGUUGAAGCACUGCAACAAGCACUGAAACACAGUAUUCGUGUGAAAGAUUUCAAACUUAUCGCAUCAAAGGAAAUGAUGGAAAAAUUGUUGAACCAGGUUUCUGGUCCAGCUCCUCUGCUCGAAUCACUGUCCUUGUCCAAUUCCCGGUAUAGUCACUAUACCACGGAGAGCGGGUACCCAUUGCCAGAAGUUAUGUUCGAGGGACAGACCCCUCGCUUACGCCGACUGGAACUCUUCAAAUGUGAUAUUUCGUGGAAUUCGGCACUCCUCAGUGGCCUCACUCAUCUCGAUAUUCGCAACACGGCGGCAUCCGCUCGUCCCACCAUGUCCCAAGUCCUCUCCGCACUUGAACGAAUGCCUAGUUUACAGGUACUGACGUUAGAAGAGUCGCUACCUACACUUCCUGAAUCUGUUCAUAAACUUCCGACUAUUGGUUGUGUUGUUCCUCUCCAGGCCCUACGAUCUAUCCGCCUCAGCGGUCGUGUCAUCGACUGUGCGCACGUUCUUGCACACAUGUCUUAUCCAUCUACUGCUACCCUCAAGCUCGCUUGCAAAGCGGGCCCGGCAGCUAGCUUCGACUUUUCAAGCAUUUUCCCGGCUGUCGUAGCUAACUGUGGCGGUAGUGGAACCUCUGGCGAGAAACCUUUGCGCCACUUGCAAGUCCACAACCUUGCCCCUAAUAGUGUACGAUUUCAAGGAUGGCAUUCGCCUGAGCCUCCACUGCAUGUAUUUUCCAAUAUCAGGACAGCGGCCAUGUUUAGUCAAGAUGAGCCCACGUCACCGCAGAUCGAAAUCGACAUGUCAUGGUCAUCUUUUGGGUCGGACAAGCCGAUGGGUGUUGUCCAGUCCAUGUGCAACGUGCUCCCGCUUGCAUAUGUGCGUACAUUGCAUGUCCAUAAUUUCUCCUAUGUUCCAAAGUCUUUCUGGCUUGACGCCUUUGGUGGGCUUACGCGUCUGCGUACGAUUCGCAGCAGCAAUAUUCCAAUAGAAGGUCUUAUCGAUGCACUCGUCACAGAGGUUCCUGGAAGUGGUCGUCUGCUUCGCCCCAAAAAAUUUGGGGAAGUCUUUUUGCCAACAGUCUGUGAAGUCGUGUUAGAAGGCGUGGACUUCGAGGAUGGGAGUAGCCUGCUCGAUGACUUGUUGGAUUGUAUGAUGGAUCGUGCGGAGCGAAGAGCGGAGAUAAGGAACCUGAGCAUACAAGAUUGUCGUCACAUCUACUCAGAUGAUGUUGAAAGACUGGAAGAAGUCGUGGUGGAUGUGGUGUGGGAUGGAAUUGAGCAGGGCUAUGAAGAUGAAGAGGAGGAGGAAGACGAGGAAGAAUCAGAUCCAUACUAUCAUUAUCCCACAUGGGACGAUGAUGAUGAUGAUUAUAUGGACUGGCACUUGUAUUUCUAGUGCGCAUUCUUCUGGACUUUCUACUUUCCUAAAACGAGAUCUGACUGUAUACCACACCGCAUGUCAAAGAUCUUCACUACUUGUUCGUAUUCGGCAUCAUCUUUCACACUGAUACUACCUUUUUAUACAAACUUUUGAAUGUUCAUCAUUGCUUUCCUAUAUUUUGCUGUACUAUCAUAAUCAAACGCUGUGUCUUGUUUUACA